AUGGCUCUAUCUGGAAUAUCUCCACCUGUGAUGAAUUGGGACAGUACAAACUUGCCGACCACGUGGGAAAAAUUUGAAAGGCACAUAAAACUGAUAUUCGCAGGACCUUUAAAAGACAAGACCGAAGAAGAAAAAGUAGCAUUCUUACUUAUUUGGGUCGGAGAAAAAGGACAAGAUGUUUCACAAUCAUGGACAUUAACAAAUGAAGAACAGAAACAACUUGACACAUACUUCACAAAAUUCAAGAAACAUGUUCAGCCGAAACUAAACCCAGUAUUCGCCAGAUUCCAAUUUAACAACGAAAGGCAAGGAGAGGAUAGCAUAGAACAAUUCGUCACCAGACUAAAGUUAAAAAUAACGGAAUGCAAAUAUCAAGAAAAUACUGUGGACGAAAUGAUCAGAGAUAGAAUUGUAUUUGGUAUUAGUAAUCAAAAACUAAGAGAGAAACUAAUCAAUGAGGGCGAAACACUCACCUUAGAAAGGGCCAUUCAACUAUCUCAAAAUUUUGAAUAUUGUAAACAACAGAUGAAUAUUCUUAAUGCAAGAUCACCCCAAGAUGUCAACUACGUCAACAGCCGAGGUCGUGGACGUGGACAUGGACGCAGACCUGAGAUGCCAAGAGCGCCAAAUUCGCCGCAGAAUAGGAGGAAAGAACCGACUUGUGGAAAAUGUGGGACAAUACACAACCAAUCAGACAGAAGGAAGUGUCCAGCAUAUGGAAAACAAUGCAUACGGUGUAAGAAAUACAAUCACUGGAAAAUUGUAUGCCGGUCGAAGAAAGAUGUGCACCAAGUGACAAAUAACGUGUCGCAGAUGAGUGUGCAUGACAAUUCAGAGGAGGAGGAUUCGUGGAUGGAUAAUUACUUUUUAGAUACGGUAAGUCAUACACAAUCGUCCGCCCCAGAUCGUGCAUUUGUAAAUUUACGCAUUGGUCCACAUUUUCAAAACGUUAGUUUCAAAAUUGACACAGGAAGCAGCGUAAAUACUUUGCCAAAACGCCACUUUGAAAAGCUCAAUGUCAAAUCGCCAUUAGAGGCCUCCGAAUCAAAUCUAACGUCUUACUCUGGUAACAAAAUACAAGUCGACGGUAAAAUUACACUCGCGUGCAAAUAUCGUUCGAAAACCGUGAACACAACGUUCUAUAUUGUAAGCAGUGAUGCACCGCCGUUAAUUGGGCUACAGACAUCUGUAGAUCUAGGAUUAAUACAACUGACUUACGCAAUUGACCGAGAGCAUGGCCAGCCAGUUAACAAAGAAUACGUCAUGUCAGAAUAUAGUGACCUUUUCAAGGGCGUAGGUAUACUACCCGGAAAAAGCAAACUGUAUUUACGUGAAGACGCUAUACCGGUAAUAACGCCACCCAGACGCGUACCGGAAGCUUUAAAGUCGCGUUUAAAAGCCGAACUUGAUAAAAUGGUCAAAGACGAAAUCAUAUCGCCAGUUACGGAACCUACCGACUGGGUUCAUCCAAUUGUAGUGGUUGAAAAACCGAACGGAAAGCUACGGAUCUGCCUGGAUCCAAAACCUCUCAAUGACUCGAUACGCAGACCGCACUACGCAAUGUCAACGCUAGAUGAUGUGACCGUUAAACUCGCCGGCGCGACACAAUUUAGCCUAUUAGAUUUGACACAUGCAUACUGGAGUGUACAAUUAGACGAAGAAUCUUCUUACCUAACUACAUUCGCAACGCCGUUUCAAAGAUAUCGAUUCUUACGUUUGCCGUAUGGAUGUAAAGCAUCGUCUGACAUUUUUUGUCAGAAGGUCAACGAAAUAUUUGAGGGAUUAUCAGGCAUUCACCCGCUGGUAGACGACAUUUUGAUUUGGGGACGAACCCCUGAGGAACAUGACAAAAACCUCAAUCAAGUCUUGCUACGCGCACGCGAACGCGGGAUAAAAUUCAACGCACAGAAAUGUUCAAUCGGUGUGAAAUCAGUUCCAUUCUUUGGUCACGUGAUCACCGACACUGGACUCAUGGCCGAUCCUAAGAAAAUCGAGGCAAUUACGCAAUUGCAAAGGCCGGAUUGCCGCGAAAAGGUUGAAACACUAUUAGGAUUAGUUAAUUACCUUUCAAAAUUCGCCCCGAACCUAGCAGAGGUUACCGCGCCUAUCAGAAGCCUCCUGAAAAAGGACGUAGAGUUCCUGUGGGACGCCCCACAAGAGCAAGCAUUCUCAAAGGUCAAGGAAAUAAUAACACAGGCCCCAGUGCUAGGUUAUUAUGACCCUAAAAAGCCGCUUGUCGUCGAAACGGAUGCAAGCAAAUAUGGACUAGGUUGUUGUCUCAUGCAAGACGGAAAACCCAUCGCGUACGCAAGGAUGCGAAUGCUUCGCUACCAUUGA